UGAUGGCCGAUGGGCUUGCAGGGCAGCAAACGCGCAUGGACACCUCACAUUGAAACUGCACCUGUCUUUGCGAGCACAUCUGACUGUCCACGCGCAACCUCAUACCCAGGUAGUCAACAGCGGUGGCACUGCCAUCAUCAACUGCACGUGGGCAGGUUGGCCUUCCCCUCGGCUUGAAUGGCUGCACAACGGCAUUCCAGUAUCUGGCGUGACAGGUGGAAGACUUCGUCUGCAAAACAAUGGGGAACAAUUAGUUAUUGCAUCUUUACAUCGCGCUGAUAAAGGAGUAUACCAGUGUGUGGCCAGGAAUGAGAGGGACUCAGCUCAAGCUAGCGCAGAGUUAAGGCUAGGAGAUACUGCACCGGAACUCCAAUACACCUUCAUUGAGCAAGUACUACGGCCAGGACAAGUGGUCACUCUUAAGUGUUCCGCAGCUGGAUCACCACCUCCACACUUCACAUGGCUACUUGAUGGACAGCCACUUAACACCAUGGCAAGAGGACACAGGUACAGCAUAGAACAGUUUGCGACAAAAAGCAACGAAGUCGUAAGCUACCUCAACAUUACCGCAGUGAGGUCGGAAGACGGCGGCCUGUACACAUGCAGAGCAGCCAAUUCUCUCGGGGAAAUAUCUCACACCUCGAGACUCAAUAUAUAUGGUCCACCGUAUGUGCGAUCGAUCGGACCCAUAAGAGCAGUGGCUGGGAGAGAAUUGGUCUUAUAUUGUCCGUACUCUGGUUAUCCAAUCAGCUCGGUCCGAUGGGAACGUGAUGGAAACCAACUGGAAUGGGAGGGUAGUUCAUCUAGUUCAGUGGGUACAAGUGCUACCGGUGUGGGAGUGACUGGUGCGUUACGACUAGCGCGCGUGGAAGCGGGCAGUGCUGGCGCUUACACCUGCAGUGCAGUAGGACCGCACGGGGAGAUAGCGCGCAGAGAACUGCAGCUGAUUGUCAGCAACCCACCCGAGAUCGAGCCGUUUUCCUUUUCGGCAAACCUGCAGGAAGGCAAGCGGGCCCAAGUCAGUUGCAGUGUGGCGUCUGGUGACAUGCCAGUUCGUUUUGCCUGGCUUAAAGAUGGAGCACCAAUACCAGCUGACUUACAGGUCGAAGAACGCGGGGCAGAUUUUUUCAGCAACCUCGUAUUCAAAGAGGUGUCGGCCAGACACAGCGGUCUAUACACGUGUGUCGCGUCCAACAACGCGGCCAAAGUUAACUAUACCGCCGAGCUGGUCGUCAAAGUAUCGCCAAAAUGGUUAAGGGAACCAGCUGAUGCAGCGGUGUUGGCAGGCGAGCCACUCCCUUUACACUGCCAUACCACAGGUUCACCCACCCCACACACCACAUGGCUUAAACAAAGAGCGGGAUCUGCAUCAGAUUUCGUACCCUUGGUAAAUCUAGGAGGAAGGUUUCAGUUCUUGUCAAACGGAACGUUAUGGAUCGAAGCGGCGCUGCCCUAUGACGAAGGAUACUACAUGUGCCGAGCAGAAAAUGGCGUUGGAACCCCGCUCUCAAAGACUAUAUUUGUUGCAAUUAACGAGCCGGCUCGUUUUGAGGUGACAUCACACAACGUGUCGGCGCGGCGCGAGGCGGGCGCCACGCUGGCGUGCGAGGCGCGCGGAGACGCACCGCUUCGCCUCUCAUGGUCGCGUGAUGGCUUACCUCUCGACCUCUCCACUUAUAGAUUAAGUGUCUCAGAAGCAAAGACUGAUAGUGGUUUAAGGUCUCAACUAUACAUCAGCCGCACCGACCGUCCAGACUCCGGCGUGUACAAGUGCCAAGCUGUUAACGCCUAUGGUCACAGUGACCACUAUAUUUAUCUAUCCGUCCAAGAAAAACCCGAAACUCCUCAAUCGCUGUCCGUGACGGAGAUACAGUCGCGCGCAGUGCGCUUGUCAUGGAGCCUGCGCUUCGACGGCAACUCGCCGCUGCUGGGCUACACGCUGCAGCACGCGGCGCUGUCGGCGCAGGGCGCUCUGCGCGUGUCUCGCUGGGACGCGGCCGAUACGCUCAACGUGUCGCUACACGGCUCGCACUCGCACUCCCACAUCACGUUAACAAAAAAAGGCGAUAUCCACUACGAGGCAUUGCUCAGUAACCUGCGACCUCACACGGCGUACAUGAUCCGCAUCGCAGCUAAUAAUCAGAUCGAUCGCAGUGAUUUCACGGAGCCUGUAGUCGUGAAGACACAAGAAGAAGCUCCAUCAGAAGCCCCGACCGGCGUGUCGGUGUCGGCGGGCGCGGCGGGCGAGCUGCACGUGACGUGGCGCGCGCCGCCGCGGGACGCGUGGCACGGCGAGCUGCUCGGGUACUCCGUCAGCUGUACCGAGCUGGGCACGGACAUCGUAACGCUACCCAAUUCUACCAGAACAUUAACAGUCAAUGGAUGGUCAGCAACCGAGCUAACACUGUCAGCACUAAAAAAGUUCACUCGAUACGAAGUGCGUGUCCGUGCCUUCAACGGAGUUGCCGCGGGACCGCCGUCCGCGCCUGUCACUGCUACCACUUUAGAAGGAGUUCCCGAGGCUGCACCAACACGCGUCACAUGCACGGCUCUAUCGUCGUCCAGUAUGAAGUUGUCGUGGACGCCGCCGCCGCCUGCGCUGCGAGCGGGCCUCAUACAGGGAUACAAGGUCAUCUACGCGGCUAUUUCCACUGACCACGCAGAAGGAGCAGAGUUGAAACGCGUUUCGACAACAGAAACAUACUUGCACGCUCUACAUAAGUAUAGUAACUACUCGGUUCAAGUGGCCGCGUACACCGCAGCGGGAGACGGCAAACGAAGUGCGCCAGUCUACUGCAUGACUGAGGAGGAUGUUCCUUCAGCGCCCGAGAAAAUCAAAGCACUACCUUACUCCAGUGACUCGGUGCUUGUGAGCUGGCUACCGCCUGUACAUCCUAAUGGUGUUAUAUCACAUUACACAGUCUACUAUAGGGAGGCUGGGCGGUUAGGUAAACACUCGAGCUUCACGGUGUCGGCUGAUAAGAACCAGGAAACGGAGUUGAUGUUCCAAGUGAGGAACUUAAUGGAGAAUCAACUUUACGAGUUCUGGGUGUCUGCAACCACGGGCUCAGGAGAGGGGGAGUCGACGCUCGUAGUGGGGCAGGGACCUAGUUCGAGAAUCCCGGCGCGCAUCGCGUCGUUCGGCGGCGCGGUUCGCGCGGCGCUGGGCGGCGGCGCGCUGCUGGCGUGCAGCGCCGUGGGCGCGCCCGCGCCGCGCACGCGUUGGGCACACGCGCGCGCACCCGUCACGCACCACCGCUACUACCAGGUCACGCGGAAUGGCCAUCUGCAUAUCAGAGAGGUAAACGAACAGUCAUCAGGCAACUUCACGUGCACGGCCACGAACAGCAUUGGCGAGGACUCCAUCGUGUACUCGGUGCGCGCAGUGCUGCCGCCUGGCGCGCCCGCGCUGUCGCUGCAGUACACCACCGCCACCAGCAUCAAGCUGCACUGGCGGAUGCCGGAGUCUGAUCAACCUGUACUGGGUUAUAUCCUCCAGUACAAGCAGGCAUCUGAAACAGACUGGCAUAGUGUUGAACUGUCUCCAGAACAAACUUCAUACACUAUGGACAUGCUUAAAUGUGGUACUACUUAUAACGCUAAGAUCCAAGCUCAGAACAAGAUAUCUUUGGGACCACCGAGUGAAAUUCUUACUGCGACAACAAGAGGUGGACGUCCAAAGGCCCCAAAGCCGGAAGAACACGUACACACGAACGCGACUGCCAUUAAAAUCAAUCUUUACGCGUGGCGAGACAGCGGUUGUCCCAUCCUCGGCUUUCGUGUCGCCUACCGCCGUGCAGGCGACGAACACUGGAUACAAGCGGGAUCGGGGCUGAGCGCGGCGCGGCACGUGGUGGGCGCGCUGGCGCCGGGCGCGUGGUACGAGCUGGCCGUGGAGGCGUGGAGCGACGCGGGCGUGGAGCGCGUCACGCUGCUCGCCGACACGCACACUCUUGCUGGAGGUCGUAUCCCCCCACUGCGCGUGUCCCCGCCGGCGACGGGUGGCGCGCGCACGGGCUCGAUGCGCACGGCGCUGGUGUGGUGCGCCGCCAGCGCGCUUGUCGUGGUGGCGGCGCUGGCGGCGCUGCUGUGCCUGCUGCACGCCAAGCGCAAAUUUUUCUGCUUAUCAAAUGACCACUAUUUGCGGGAUAACAGAAAACUGAGCGAAAGUAAUGAAGCUGAAAGAGAAAAACUUCGAGAUGGUCAUAAACUCUACUCGUCCUCGUCGAUAAACGGCAACGAGAAAUCCAACGAUGAUUCGUCAGCUGAACUGUACGAGAUCAGCCCGUACGCGACGUUUGGCGGCGGCGCGGCGGCGCACUCGCUGCAGUUCCGCACGCUCGCGCGCCGCGACGACGACGCCGCGCCGCCGCACCGACGGCGCCGGCGCGCCUGCGACCACUAUCGAUACGACGAAUCAAGUCUCUCAAAGUGCUCGACGGUAGAGGCUCGACACCGACUGCGCGCAACACCAGCUCCCGCGCCCGCACACCCGCCGGCGCACUGGCGCGAGCGGUCCGACUCCGACGACUACAGCGACAGCGCUGCCAACACCACCACCAAGGGUUCGGGCGGGUCGGGUGGUGGCAGCGCAUACGGCAGCGGCCGGCGCACCGCCAGCAGCGGUGGUCAAAACGGGAGUGACGGCCUCUCGGGGUGCUUCGCGCCCGUGCCACCUGAUAUAUCUUCAUUAAUAGACAAAUACCAGCAGAGGAAGGAACAAGAACGUCGGGAAUGCACGAUUCACGUGUAACAUCCCAUGGUCCAUUGUAGAUUUUAUAUACAUUAGUACUCUAACAAAUUCUAACUCUUGACUAAAACCGUUCUGAACAAAUUUACCUGUAUUAGAUAGGUUUUUGAUGGAAUAAGCUUUUUGCGUCUUAAUAUUGUAAUAAUAUAAAAAAAUUACGGAUUAUUCAAUGCGAAAACGUCAGCACUGAUUCAAAUUUAAAUGCAAGCCAGAGUUUGCUAUAAAACUACAAAGAAAUUCUGGUAAAUUUUUACGCCAUCUUCAUCACGGAAAAAGUACCUGGGACGCUUUACGUCUAUAGUAUAGCUGCAAGAGAGAUUUUCUUUUCGUACUCGUAUGCUAUUUCUAUUAAAACCAAAAGUGUUCCGAUUAAAUCAUUACCUAAAAAUCUAAAGAAUAUUUCUAAAUUUGCAUUAUACAUUGUUUUCUAAAAUAAUGAGAAUAACUGUUUUGACACCAUUUUUUUUUAGCUUUCGACUUGAUUGUAAGUUGUGAUAAGUGUAAGAGCCGUCAGGCGUUAGUUAAAUUUGAUACUGCCUACAUUUGAUAUAAUAAUAUCACCGGUUCCUAUACAUAAAUGUAUUUAACUUAUCAUAAAUGGUUUAAAUUUAUAAGUUUC